AUGGCGCGUCGUCCGGCAAGAUGUUACCGAUACUGCAAGAACAAGCCGUAUCCUAAGUCCCGCUUCAACCGUGGUGUCCCCGACCCCAAGAUCCGCAUCUUCGAUCUUGGCCGAAAGCGUGCGACCGUCGACGACUUCCCUCUCUGCAUCCAUCUUGUCUCCAACGAGUAUGAACAGCUAAGCUCCGAAGCCCUCGAGGCUGCCCGUAUUUGCGCCAACAAAUACUUGGUCAAGAUGGCCGGAAAGGAAGGUUUCCACCUGCGCGUCCGCGCUCACCCCUACCACGUCGUCCGUAUCAACAAGAUGUUGUCUUGCGCUGGUGCCGAUAGACUGCAGACUGGAAUGCGUGGUGCCUGGGGCAAGCCCAACGGAACUGUUGCCCGUGUCAACAUUGGUCAGAUCAUCUUGAGCGUCCGCACUCGUGAUUCUAACCGUGCCAUCGCUCUCGAGGCUCUCCGACGAUCCCAGUACAAGUUCCCUGGCCGACAAAAGAUCAUCAUCUCCAAGAACUGGGGCUUCACUCCUCUCCGCCGUGACGAGUACCUCGAGAAGAAGGCUGCUGGCCGUGUCAAGGUCGACGGCGCUUACGUUCAGUUCCUUACCAACCACGGUAACCUCGAGUACAACAUGAAGCGCUUCCCCGACGCCUUCUCUGAGGCUUAG